CUGAGCUUCUACAUAAUGCAGCCCUAGUGACUGGACCUAUGUAGAAGCAGAGUUGAAGAGGCGUCUAGGAAGAAACUUUUUAAUCUACGCAAGUUCAUGUAACACGUACACUAAAACAUUCACUGGGGUUGAUGGAGCUGGAAAACGAUUAGCAGAUGAAGUCAUGCAACUUGUUAAAAAGACUGAGAGCCUCAAAAGGAUAUCCUUUUUAUCCCAUUCUCUUGGUGGAUUGUUUGCCAGAUAUGCAGUUGCUGUUCUUUACACUCCAAAUGCCUCAAGUAGUAAUCAGUUCGAUGAUCUAGCUACUUCUGCAAAUGCAAUCUCUAAAACAACGUACUCUUGUAGUCGAGGUGUGAUUGCUGGUCUGGAGCCGAUCAAUUUUAUUACCUUGGCGACACCGCAUUUAGGAGUGAGAGGGAAGAAGCAGGGCUUUACCCUGAACUUACUUCAAGUGGGUUAUCCAUUGUUUAUUUAUUGCUUAAUUACUGCCAACAAAGUUUUGCGAUCUGAACGUGGACUUAGGGUGAGUAGCAGAGCCUUUCUAGUUAUUUUUGCCUAUGUCUUUGCAGACUCAUUCACAAUUGCCAGUGAUUAUGGUAGUGGAGGAACCGACCCUCAGACUGUUGAUUUGUUCUUUUUGAUUCAGCUUCCAUUUCUUCUGGGAGUUCCCAUCUUAGAGAAACUUGCUGCACCAAUUGCUCCAAUUUUUGUUGGUCGAACUGGUAGUCAGCUUUUUCUCACUGAUGGUAAACCUGAGAAACCACCUCUUCUAUUAAGAAUGGCAUCUGAUUGUGAAGAUGGAAAAUUUAUAUCUGCCCUCGGUGCAUUCAAAGGUCGAAUUAUUUAUGCAAAUGUCUCAUAUGACCAUAUGGUUGGUUGGCGCACAUCCUCAAUAAGAAGGGAGACAGAACUAGUUAAGCCCUCUCGGCGAUCUUUGGAUGGUUACAAACAUGUUGUAGAUGUGGAGUAUCAUCCACCAGUUUCCACUGAGGGUCCUCAUUUCCGUCCCGAAGCAGCCAAAGCAAAGGAGGCAGCUCAAAAUAUGCCCAACACGGAGAAUGCAGUCGAGUAUCAUGAAAUCAUGGAAGAGGAAAUGAUAAGAGGCUUACAACGGCUGGGAUGGAAAAAAGUCGACGUUAGCUUCCACUCGGCGUUCUGGCCGUUCUUUGCCCACAACAACAUUCAUGUGAAGAAUGAAUGGUUUCAUAAUGCUGGAACUGGAGUGGUUGCUCAUGUUGCAGACAGCAUAAAGCAACAAGAAAAGCAACAGGAAUGUUCCUCAUACAUUGCUGCUAGCUUGUAGCUAUGAAGUAUAUACAAGCAAAGCCUUCAAUUACUGCCCGGUGGUCACAUCACACUGGCGUCUUCCAUGGCCGUGCAGCUAGGGAAUUCUCGGGGUGGGCGUGAAGGAAAAGAAAAAUAAGAGAGAGAAGGGGGGGGGGGGUGACUUAAUGGAGCAUCAUAUGAAAUGAAAUUAUGUUUCGUGAUAAACUGUUUCCCUUUCCAAUUCACUUGGAAUCAUGUAGAUUCAAAUCGUGCAAGCUCAUGUCAUAUGAUAAUACAUAGUCGUGUUCGUAUUGCCCCAAUUUAUUAGAAGGGUUUAGCCAGUCAAUCUAGUUAUGAGGUUUACCUCAUACUCAGUAACUUUCUAU